AUGCCGGACUUUCACGAUUCCCUCUCUCCGCCGUCACGUCCCGUCCCUGUCCGUGAGGAUUGCUGGUCUGAGGAAGCUUCUUCCACUUUGGUUGAUGCUUGGGGUCGUCGUUACCUUGAACUCAACCGUGGUAAUCUUCGGCAGAAAGAUUGGCAGGAUGUUGCCGAUGCCGUUAACGCUCUUCAUGGUCAUACGAAGAAAACUCAUCGCACCGAUGUUCAGUGUAAGAACCGAAUCGAUACGAUUAAGAAGAAGUAUAAGAUCGAGAAAUCUAGGGUUUCGUCUUCUAAUGGUGUUGCUUCUUCGUCUUGGCCUUUUUUCGAACGGUUAGAUGCUUUGAUUGGACCUAAUUUCAAUACGAAGAAAAGUUCUUCUUCGCCAUCGCCGUCGCCGCCGGUUGCUCUAGCAUUGGUUCCUCAUCGGAAAUUUCCUUCUUCCUCACCUGCUAUUUCUGUGCCUCCGACUGCCGUUGCGCUUCCGCAGAAAAGGCCGCUUGCGGCGGUGAUGGACGAUGGUUAUUUUAGGAGGAAUUAUUCCGCGGUAGCCGCUGCAGCGGCUGCCGCGGAGGCUGAUGAAGACGAGGAGGAAGAUGAAGAAGAGGAAGUUGAGGAGGAAGAGGUGGAGGUAGAGGAAGAAGAAGCUAGGGGAAGCGAAGUGGAUGAAGGGGAUAAAGGGAAGGAAGGGAUGAAACGAUUGGCGAAAGCUAUAGAGAGAUUUGGUGAAAUGUAUGAGAGAGUGGAGGGACAGAAACUGAGGCAGAUGGUGGAUUUGGAGAAACAAAGGAUGCAGUUUGCUAAAGAUAUUGAAGUGCAGAGGAUGCAGAUGUUUAUGGAUACACAAGUUCAGCUGGAGAGAAUCAAGCGUGGAAAACGAUCCGGGUCUAAUGAUAUAUAUAAUAGCUAG